AUGGAGCAAAGCAGCUUUAUGCGCCGUGUUGCAAUUGAAUCGCCCGGUCGAUGUGUACACAAUAAAAAAAACGCCGCUGGCUCAGAGAUUUUUGUCGCAAAGUUGAACAAGAAACCAAAACAACGGAUACAGCUAAUAUUGAUCGAUACGGCGCCCUACUUAAAUUCGCUGUUACCUCCGCCGAACUCUCGUUGCAUUUUAAACACUCUCACCCACGGGUCAUUCGGUGAAAACGCAUGCGAUAAGAUAUAUGGCAAUGAUUCUCUUCGUCCACACCUUCUGUCAUGUCUAGAUGCUGGUCAAAUGACUCCCUUUCCAAAAAUAUAUUGCGAUUGCCGUAUGCCAUACAAUACGGACGAUGAAAUGGUGGAAUGUUCAAAGUGCAUGGAGUGGUUUCACGAUAAAUGUGCAAACAUUGCGAAUGUCCAAGCUUUGUCACGAAGGAAAUGGUUUUGUAAAAAAUGUAAAUAA